AUGGCUGAUCCUCUGGUUGCUAGGUGCCUUUACUCUGGCAAAGGUUAUAUGAUUCCUUUGAAUCAAUGUAUGAGCUAUUCUGACUUGUAUGAAGACAUUUUCCGUACAUUCCAGUUUUUGCCAAGUGAUGUUAUUGAGCUUCAGUAUUCAGUUCCUGGUUGUGAAGUUUGUUUUCUUCGUAACGAUCGUGAUUUCCAGAUGAUAUUCUGCGCUGCUAGAAUACAUAAGUUAGAUUGUGUUGAGAUUUUCGUUUUAAACAUUGGUGGAAGUUGCAGCAGAACUUGUUCACUGGAUAGUCGUUCGGCAGUUAUUGAUGAAGACGAUUAUUUGGGGGAGGCAUUUAGGACUGAAGUUCACAAGACGUAUUUGUCUGAUGAUUGGAGUUCUUAUAUUCAUCACGUCGGGGAGAAGUUUCAUGGUGCAGCUGACCUCCGUGAGAAGCUCAGGAAGUAUGCAAUUGCAGUUGGUUUCGAGUUUGUAUUUUUGAGAAAUGAUUUGGACCGUAUUCAUGCAGUCUGUACAAAUGUUGGAACCGAAGGUUGUGAUUGGCAUCUUCGCGCUCUUUCAUCAUCUGCCAAUGGUUGCCUUUAUAUAACAGAGUUGAAUUAUAUUCACACUUGCAAGGGUGUAGUUAGGACUCAAAAGCACAAGCUGUUGGGAUCCAAGGUUGUCAAGACUUGCAUUGCUGCCGAUGUUAGCUAUAAUCUUUCAUUGAAGCCAAGGGAGAUUAUGAGUAAGUUCAAAUCAACAUAUGGGUUUGAUAUUUCCUACAAGGUUGCCUUGAAAGCAAAGCAUAGGGCUAAGGAAGCGAUUUAUGGUUCCGAUGCAGAUUCGUUUAGCAAGUUAUCUUGGUAUAAGGAAGCUAGGCUUUUCGUAGCUUACGGAGGUUGUGUUGAAGGCUUCCAACUGUGUUUGUCUGUGUUGUAUGUUGAUGGAACGUUUGGUAAAAGCAUUUACAAGGGUCAUAUUCUUUCUGCAACUGGAAGGAAUGGGAAUCAAGGUUUCUACCCUCUAGCCAUAUGUUUUUGCGAUUCUGAAACAUAUACAAAUUGGACAUUCUUUUUUAAGCAUUUGAAGAGUUUGCUUGAACCUCAAGGAAGAGUCAUCACAUUUAUUAGUGAUCGGGAUACUGGACUGUUGAGUGCUUUCGAUAAGGUAUUUGCUGGUCAUCCUCACCUGUUUUGUUACAAGCAUUUGGUGGCUAACCUUGCCGGUAAAUAUAGGGGUAAAGGUAAUUCUGUCUUGAUAGAAGAUGUUAAGCAGAAGUUUUUUAAGGUUGCAUAUUCCUCUACUGAGAAGGAAUACCGUUUCAAUUUGCAUAAACUUAGAGAAGUUGGUGGUGCCGAGAUUAUUGACCCUUUUCUUGCUGAAAUCCCUGUGGAAAAUUGGUGCCGUGCAUUUUAUACUAGCUGCCGAUAUGGAAUUAUGGCUAAUGGGAUUGCUUAA